CUAAGUAUUCAUUUUCAAAUCAACACUGGCAUUUGCCGUCAUACUAAAUUGAAAUUACUUAGAGAAGGAGAGAUCGUCUGAUUACUACCUAAAUAUUCGGAACUCUUUUGAUUCACUUGGGAAAACUCGGCUCAACUCACUUCAAGUCUUCUGGCUUCGUCUUACUGAAUCUCAUGAUGUCUUCUUCCGAAACUGAAUUUACUACGGAGGAGGAUGAACAUGAGCCGCCAGUAUCCUCCGCUCCGGUGCCAGUGAGUCCCAAUCCAAAUCUUCAAGCCAGUCCAUCGGUGACAUUUUCGCCAUUGGUGUCCAUCACCUUGGUGGCUGGGCAUCAAUGAAGAAUCCUUCGUUGAGUGGGAGUCAAACUAUUCCGAGACCGGGGUUCCUUCCGAGGCUAGGAUGGAACUUAGUCCGAUCCCGGAUCAUUGGCUUAAUGGCCUACGAUCGGUGCCAGCUACUACAAAUUUGAGGCCCAGGACGAGGCGUCGCUGGUACUCCGCAAGCCGCUCGGUUUCGCCAUCGCCAUCACCAUCAUCGACGUCGAACUCCUCAUUACUUCGGCGGCCAUCCAUCCUGAGGCGGCGUACAGGUAAUCGGGCCUUUAGUGUGGCUCAAGCCCAAGCUAUAUUUCGGGCUGAAAGGUUGAUGACUGGAUCCCUCACCGAUGUCGAUGACUACUCCGAUGUGGAGUCCGCGGAGCGUUGUCAUCGCAACGUUUUUGCCCGAACUCUCCGGCGUGGCAAUAGUAUCAGCGAUUGCAGCCAGUGCAGCAGCGAUGAAGAACAGGACAAGGUCAAGUGCAAAAACAAGAAGCCCACAGUUCCAAGUCACCUGGCCGAAUGGUUAUAUCCAGUUUAGGAUAUAAUGGUCCAUUUAACUUUUUUCGUUCUCGAAAAGUGUUCAAAACCAUUUCGUUUAAGAAUUCUUUUAACUAAAACCUUCCGUGUUUUGGCUAUUGAAAGGAGUCUCCUAAUGCACAGAUUUUAAAAAUGGAUGCUAAUGAUUUAUUUUAUUAAACAUAACAUAAAUGGGAUAAA